UGACAGCAGCGUGUAUUUUUCUUUUCCACUUGGCUAUCGAAAGGAAUAGGUUCUAUCCACCAUGGUGACGAAGAAGCCCGUCAAGAAGAAGGUUGUGCCGAAGCAGAAGGUUGCCCCGGCCCCGUUGGCCAAACCGAAAAAAGUUGAGGUUAAGAAGGUGGUGAACCCUCUGUUCGAGAAACGUGUUAAGAACUACGGCAUCGGGCAGAAUGUGCAGCCUAAGCGUGACCUGAGCCGGUUCGUGCGUUGGCCGAAGUACAUUCGUAUCCAGCGCCACAAGGCCAUUCUCCAGAAGCGUCUGAAGAUCCCGCCGCCGAUUAACCAGUUCACUCAGACACUGGACCGACCGACGGCACAGCAGGUGAUGAAGCUGCUGGAGAAAUACCGUCCGGAGAACCCGAUCGCCCGCGUCCAGCGCCUGAAGGCGAAGGCCGAAGCGAAAGCAGCCGGUAAGGAUGAACCGCCGACGAAGCGCGCUAACCAGCUGCGUCAGGGAGUCAACACCGUGGUGAAGAUGGUUGAGCAGAAGAAGGCCCAGCUGGUAAUCAUUGCGCACGACGUCGAUCCGAUCGAGCUGGUCGUCUACCUGCCUGCCCUGUGCCGCAAGAUGGGAGUGCCGUACUGCAUCAUCAAGGGUAAGUCGCGCCUCGGAACGCUGGUGUACCGCAAGACGUGCACCUGUGUCGCCCUGACCCAGGUCGAAAACUCGGACAAGCCUAACUUGGCCAAGCUGGUCGAAACGAUCAAGACCAACUUCAACGACCGGUUCGAUGACAUCCGUCGUCACUGGGGUGGUGGUCUACUCGGACCGAAGAGUAUGGCCCGUUUGGCCAAGAUCGAGAAGGCCAAGAAGCGUGAGAUGCUGCAGAAGAGCUAG